UGCUAUCGUGAUGGCGGCGGUACACACCUUCCAGCGGUGGGCGUUCAGGACGAUGGCGGCCGCGCCCCAACGCCAGUUGCGCUCGCGCUCGAUAUCGUCCAAGAGAAAGGACGUACCCGUCAGCGAUGCUCCAUUAUCGCCAGUGGUCCGAAUCAAAAAGCCGCGCAACGUGAAAAACGCCAAGACUGCCACUCCGCAGGAUGUACCUCUUUCCUCAACCAAGCGGAAGGUAUCACCGGUUGGAUUCAUUGCCAUGACUCCAGUUUCAGGCGAUCGCAUCGUGUAUGAGUUUCCAACGCUUGUGUCAGGCAAAUUGAUCAAACGGUACAAACGCUUCUUGGCCGACGUACAGCUCGACAACAGUGACACAGUCGUGACUGUGCAUUGUCCCAAUACAGGUCCCAUGAUUGGGCUCCUGGACCUCCCGUUAGCCCCCGUCCGACUCUCCGUAAGCGACAACGCGAAACGAAAGUACGCUCAUACAUUGGAGUACAUCCAAGUCGUGAACGAUGCAAACGAAGCGACGUGGGUGGGCGUACACUCGGCCUCUGCCAACCGCAUGGUGGAAACCGCAUUGCGAAAUGGAUGGCUACCAGAAGUCGUGGGCCAUCGACAGAUCAUGUCCAUCCAAGCUGAAGUCAAGCACACCAAGGACAGCCGCGUCGACUUUGUCGUCACCACCGACGACGGAGUUGAUACUUUCGUCGAAGUCAAGAGCGUCACGCUCGCCAACGCGUCCGAGCCCACUGCUGACGUCAUGCCUCAACAACGGUGUGCCGUCUUUCCAGACACAGUGUCCACACGAGCGUCGAAACACGUCCAGGAGCUCGUCCAUCUCAUUCAAAACAAUCAGCGCCGAAGAGCCGCCAUUGUCUUCCUCGUUCAACGCGGCGAUUGCACGGCGUUCGCCCCAAGCGAAGUCCAUGAUCCUGCUUUUGCCGCCCACUGCGAGGAAGCCAAGGCGGCGGGGGUGGUCAUACACGCGUAUGCUUGUGCCUUGGACUCAUCCAAGCCCCGAGUUAUGCUACUGGGCCCUUUGCCCCCCCAAGCGAAGGCUUAAUUCCCACGUUAUGUGUCAACACCACAAUGCCCAACAUCAAUCUGUAUGAAUAUGAUGGUAUUUUAAUGAGCCGACCAAGGCGGAGAACUCGCAAGCGGGUUCGAUUGUGCUGAGCAGAGCUCGUGCUGCCGACGGAUAGUCGCGGCGGCGUCAACCG